UCUCAAAUCUUUUACGCACAAAGAAAAUAAAAAUAGAAAAUACAGAAAAAAAUGGUAACAUAUACCAUCAUCUUAUUCACUUCAUUAUGCCUGCAAUCAUGAUUCUUGGUUGCCUCACCCGCAUGCCUCCCUCUUGCUCUCUCCCACCCCACUCUCUCUCACCGAUCACCCACCUAUAAAUACCAUUUAACCUGCCAUUUCUCUCUCACCUUCCACUUUCUCACGCCACCUCACAAACAUACAUUAGCACUUCGACUGCUUACUUUCACUUGGACAUUUCACUGUCACUUUACAUUUCUUUCGAGUCUCUGAUCAUCUUCUCUUGAUUUCUAUGGCUAUUUCUGGGUUUGAGGGUUUUGAGAAGCGCCUGGAGAUUCAUUUCUUUGGUGAUGACCCUGUUGAAAUUGAUAUGGGCCUUCGCCUGCUUGAUUUCGAGUCUAUUCAGGAAGUUCUUGAUGCUGUGCAAUGCACUGUGGUUUCUGCAGUUGGAAACCAAUAUUUUGAUGCCUACGUGUUAUCGGAAUCGAGCCUUUUUGUUUACCCCACAAAGGUUAUCAUAAAGACCUGUGGGACAACUCAGCUCCUCAAAUCCAUCCGUCCAUUGAUGAAUUAUGCUCAGGAUUUAGGCCUCAAUUUAUGCGCCUGUAGGUACACUAGGGGCAGCUUCAUCUUCCCCAAAGCUCAACCUUUUCCUCACACCAGCUUUAAGGAAGAAGUCAUUUACUUGGAAGAGAAUCUGCCCAUCAACCUUUGUUAUCGAAAAGCCUCCGUUAUGCCCUCCAAAAUGCCAUCUCAUUCCUGGCAUGUUUUCACCGCCAGUGACCAAACCCAUCUCGUUGCAGACACCAUGCCGGCUGAAAUUACAUUCACCAUGGAGAUAUGCAUGACUGAGCUCGACCGCGUACUCGCUCGGAAAUUUUUCAGGCGAGCAAAUGACGGCAAAAACGGCGACACUGCUGGCAAAGAAAUGACUGAACUCACCGGCAUCGACGACAUCAAUCCAAACGCCAUUAUCUGCGAUUUCGCAUUCGACCCAUGUGGCUACUCAAUGAAUGGCAUUGACGGUGAUCGUUACUCCACCAUCCACGUCACGCCGGAGGACGGUUACAGCUACGCCAGCUUCGAAUGCGUGGGGUCCAUUUUCGACGACCAUGACGACAUCACGAAGAUGUUGAAAAAAGUGGUACAAAUUUUCAAGCCUGCUACUUUUUCAGUCUCAACAACCUGCAGUAGCCAUGAGAUGUGGGCACAUGUAGCACGUGCGAUAGAGCCACUGGGUUGGAAAUGCCGGAGUUGCGUAAUGGACGAGUUUCCGGCGGCGGGAAGUGUGGUGUUUCAAGCGUUCACGGUGGCUCGCCGGAAGUAGUAGAUAAGAAGAGAUAAAUAUAUUGUGGGGGGUGGGGGAGGGGGGAUAGGAUUAGGGUUUAAAUUAAUCAAUUAGAAUUGGGAAAUUUUUAGGGGCUCGGGUGAUGAUGUGGCGAGACGUGAUUGGCUGAAAAGGGUGAUGAAUGUGAGGUUGACUUGCGUAGAAAGAUAAAAACUAAAAGUGGAAGUAGAAAAAGGGAAAGAGGGAAAUUGGGAUCACCAUGAUAAUGCACCCCACUUAGGCUUGUCACGCCUAAGAUUUUUGAGCUUAUUUGUGUAGUGGUGGGGAGAUUAUUUAAAAACCAAAAAAAAAAAAAAAAAGUGCCGAUGUUUUGAGGUUUAUAUA